ACUGAUAUUUAUCCAUUUAUUAGUUUAUUUAAAAAUUUAUAUGAAUUAACAUUAAUAACAAAUGAUAUUAAUAAUAAAAAACUAAUUGGUUUAUCAUCUUCAACAUCGAUAGUUUUUAGUAAAAUAUUUAAUAAUCAAAAAUUCAACAUUAAAUAAACUUUCAAUAGAAUGUAUAUCAGUUAUGCAUAUCGUACAAGAACAACCACUGCCAUCAACUGUAUGUUUUAUAAAAUAUUUAACUAUUAAAUUAGAAUUCUAUAGUAUUUUAUUUCGAUUGAUUUAUUAUAUACCAUUUAUUGAAAUAUUAAAAUUAAUUGGUUUGAUGAUGAUGAAUAUCAUCAAAAACAUCAAUAUAAUAAUAUUAUAUCAACGGAUAUUUAUUAUAAAACAAUUUCAAAUAAAAUUCCAAACUUAAAAAGUUUUAUAUUGCAAAUAAAUGCAAUUUAUUCAUUGCAACAAUUUACUCAAAUUGAACUAUUGAUAAAAAACUUAACAUCAAUAAAACAAUUAUCACUUAGAAUAGGUACCAGUUAAAUUUAUUUUAAAGAGAAGUUAAAAAAGCUUGUUCUGCCUUCCUUUUUGUAGAGGAUAGGAAUACAUUAGGAUCUAAUUUCCUUGACAGGAAGAAAAAAGGUUUAGAAGUAUAAUUGUAUGUUAAUUAGGAUAGACAAGGACUGAGCAUCUCAAAAUUUAUGUCGUCCAUUAUAGACUUAUGCCUCCGUGGUGAAAUUAAAAACAAAAAAACCAGCAAAACAGAGUCUUAUUAGUAAAGAUCGUGGCUCAAAAAUGACAAGCGAACCUUGGUGAAAGAUCUUUUCUAUUUUUUAAGAAGUACAAGUUUUAAGGUUGAGAAGGUUGUUUUCUGUAGCUUUUUUCAGGCACCCGAGACGCUAAUGUUUUAUGUUUCGCAUGUAAAUAUUAUUGAUAAGGUAACAUUUGAAAAUUAAGAGCCAUUAUCUGAGAAAGUCAGGCAGUCUUAGGCAGAUAGUGAUUGUUGAAAUAACAGAUCGGAAUGGUAUUUGAUAUAAGCUUUAUUCUGUCAGAAUACAAAAACCGUGCACAAAAAUAUCUCUGUGCACAUGUCUGUCGUUUUUCCGUGAACCUUUCUGUAACCAUUCACAAAAAUGUCAAAAUAUAUUUUAGUGUAUGAAAAACAGCAGACCAUGCACUGAAAAAUUCUCGUCCGAAAAAGCGGAGAAAGCUUUUAGAUUUGAUGCACUUUCUGAGAUAGAAGACUCCUUGUUAAUAUCCAGAAUAAAUGAAAAUUAAAAUGUAAGACGAUUCUUCAAAGCUAUAGUGAACUCUCUUUUAAUCUAUGCGUUUUUAACUGAUAGGAUUGGAUUGUAUCCCUCAAUUUACAAUUUGAUAAAUCCCAUUUUUUUUGAAUGAAUGUCUUCAAACUAUGAUAUUUCUUAAAUUCUGAAACUAACGGUAUUGAAAGAAUAAAUCUUCUUACCUGUAUAUAUUUUAUUCUCCGUUCUAGGUUAUUUAACUGGUAUUAUCGACGGAUAUCGUCUUGAACAAAGUUUAUCAAAUUUAAAAAACUUAUCUGAAUUGAAUUUCUUUUUUCGUUCUUAUUCGACCACAACAACAGUUUUAACAUCAACGAUAAUAUCAUCAUUUAAAACAUAUAGUUGGAUGACCAUGUUGAAAGCAACAUCAUCUAUUAUUGUCUGUCACCAAGAUUCAUAUUUAUAUAAUUAUUAUCUUUAUACAAUACCAUAUGCAUUUGAUAAUAAUUGUGAUUUUUUAUCGUAUGAUGUUAUUAAUUAUUGCUGUACAAAACAUGAUAAUGAAUCACGUCAACCAUUUCAAACUCUUGAAGCGAUAACACCAAAUGGUUUCUGUUUAAACAGUACAUUAUCAUAUAGUAAACUUCGAUUAAUUAAUGAAAAAUAUUUAUAUCUUAAAUGUUUAAAUAUAUAUGGAAAAUUUCAGCUGACGGAUGAUCAUAAUGAUGAUGAUGUUAAUAUCAUUCCAGUUUUCAAACAUUGUAGUACGAUUACUUUUUAUUAUAUAAAAUUUUUUACAGAAAAGAGUUUUGAUGAUAUUAUAGCUUUAUUUUUAAUGACACCUAAUGUUAAAGUAAUUAAUAUUGAUAAUUUCAGUCUAUGUAAUAUAUUUUCAAGUCCAAAUAUUGAUAAAAUAACUCAUAAGAGUUUAUAUCAACAUUAUUUUAACCAUAUUUCUGAAUUAAAUAUCAUUGAAAUACAUGAAAAUAAUUAUAAUAAUUUAUCAAUUUUUCUUAAACAUUUUUCUAAUAUAAAAAUAUUAAGGUUAUCAUUUAUAAAUAAGUUAAAAUCUAAUAUUAUUAUUUAUGAUUGUAUAGUACCAAUUAUACGAUCAUUGAGUUUAACAUUACAUUGUUUAAAAUGUCGUUUUUGGAAUGAUGAUAUACUUGAUGAAAAUGGUAAAAUUUAUCUAAAACGAAUAUUAGAUGAUAUUUAUGAAAAUAUUAAUUAUUUUUUAAAUUCUCGGUGCAUGACAGACGAUUUACGUACAAAUCAUGAGGCAUUAGAUCAUCAAGAAAAUCGAGAACUAGAUCGUACCAGGUCGUUGGACACUGAUAAUCAAAACAUCGAUCUUCUUGGCGGUGACGAAACAACACCGUAA